UUACGUGUUAUAAUUUAGUUGUCUCAACAGUGUAUUGCUUUCUAAGAAUUUGUUUUAAUAAAUUAAACAGUGACUUAUUCUAUAUGAUGCUGUUUGCAUUGCUUUAUCGAAGGAAUUUAAUGCCAAAUGAGGUUCAUAUACUAACCAAUGAAACUGUUGCAUGGUUGUGAUGUGAGUAUCAUUGCAGUAAUUGUGGAGACACCAAAGAAACCAGAUAACAACCACUGCGAACUGAAUAAAGGAAAGGAAAAGUUUGUGUUGUUUGACAAGAGUGGUGUGGACAGAGGCAAAAGUCUGGCUCGGGCAACCAAUGUGAACUGGGCCACUCACCUCUUGGAGAAACUGGGGUGCGGUUCUGCCAUGCCCACAGCGACAGGCAGCAGUAGCUCACACAGUGGUCAUGCCAACAUCCCGAGUAAUGAAGAGUGUGGGAUUCGAGAUGUAUGGGGCCACAACUUGGAAGAAGAAUUCCGAACCAUCCGUCAGGUUGUUCAGAAGUACCACUAUGUUGCAAUGGACACUGAAUUCCCUGGAGUGGUGGCUCGGCCAAUUGGAGAAUUUCGCAGCACUGCUGACUAUCAGUACCAGCUGCUACGCUGUAAUGUAGACCUUUUGAGAAUUAUUCAGCUUGGCCUGACUUUUCUGGAUGAGAAUGGCAAGACACCAGGUGGAUCAUACACUACAUGGCAGUUCAAUUUUAAAUUUAACUUAUCAGAAGACAUGUAUGCACAAGACAGCAUUGAUCUGCUCCAAAAUUCUGGAAUUCAGUUCAAGAAACACGAGGAAGAAGGGAUUGAUCCUUUGGACUUUGCCGAACUCCUCAUGACAUCAGGCAUUGUACUUAUGGACAACAUAAAGUGGUUAUCAUUUCAUAGCGGUUAUGACUUUGGCUACCUCCUGAAGUUAUUGACGGAUCAGAACCUCCCGCAUGAGGAGAGCGAUUUCUUUGAGCUGCUGAGGAUAUAUUUUCCGACUGUGUAUGACGUUAAAUAUCUUAUGAAAAGCUGCAAGAACUUGAAGGGUGGGUUGCAAGAAGUAGCAGAUCAGCUGGAGUUGGAAAGGAUCGGGCCACAACAUCAGGCAGGCAGUGACUCCCUCCUCACUGGAAUGGCUUUCUUCAAAAUGCGAGAGAUGUUCUUUGAAGAUAACAUCGACGAUGCAAAGUACUGUGGCCAUCUGUAUGGGCUUGGUACAUCAUUUGUGAUGAAUGGAAACAGUUAUCAUGACAAUGGUGACAACAGCAGUUCGUCAUGAUGAACUGGGGUGGAUGACUGGGACUGUAAGAUAGUGUGUUUUGUGUGUUGAGGACACUGCACCAAUAAUUUUAAAACAAAAGAGAUCCCCAUCAUCCCCACAUUAAGCUUCAUUUUAUUUUAUGUACAAAUACAAAUUUAAAAAUGGAUGAUGAAUUUAGAAACAGCCAGAAAGUUGUUUGAUUUAACAGAUGGUGUGACCGGCUUGCAAUGAAUUUUACCAAUCUGCGUUUGUAGAUAUGGUGAUACUGACAAGAUUUCCUGGAGUCAGAUAUAUCUGUGGUGAAUGCAGAAGCUUUGUAUGCCUUUCUGAUUAUUACCAAAUGUCAAUCCAUUUUUAGGGACAAAAAUAUUAUGAAAUGAAUUACUGUUUCUUUUGGGGAUGGUUGAGGAGACAUCAUUGCACUGCCAUCCCUUCAUGUUAAUUUCAUGCCCCACAGGUCCACUUCCUUGCCUGAUAGUGAACAACCUUUCCCUCUUUCUCUUUAAUACUGAGCAUGCAGACAGUGACCAGGUAUCUAGAAAAGGAAGUAAUGUCAUACAUUUUAUAUGUACAGUAGAGUAGUCAAAUGUGAUUUAUGAUGGGCCGCACUAACAAAACCACGUGAUGUCAAAAUAAUAAAAAAUUUCAACUACAUGCAUAAAUUUUGUUGAGCUUCAUUUGUAGUGAAAUGAGUAUUUGUAUAGACGACGGUCAGCUGCAUUUACUGAUUUUUGGUUAAAUAAUUGUCACUUUUCAUUGUAUAGCAACUUCAUUUUGGGCUCUGGUGUUGGUAUCAGGUUGUGCAGCGUUAGAUAUUACAGUGAUCUUACACUUUCGGUGAGCUUUUAUUUACAUUUAAUUUCACUACAUAGUCAUACCUUUUAUCUAUGAAGGUUUUAAAAGAAAUUUGUAAUUUUAUAUCAUUUUUAUAAAAUGUUUAUUUUAGAAUAUGUGACUGGAUUUGCAUUUAUUUUACAUCAGUUCCUGUUUUACUACAUGCUUGUCUUAAGAAUCACAUUUAUUAAGGUACAGUAGUUUUAGCUGUUGUAGAUUUGUAGGAGUGUUAUAGUUGAUACCAUUACUUCAUACUAAUAUGUAUUAAGCUCUCAAUAAGAAGUCACUGCCAUACAUUCAAGUAUAGUCUUGACUUACUUGCAGCGUUAUUGUACAUGCAGUCUAUAAGGAUUCUGGUUUCUUGCCUCUUUCUUUGUGUAAAAAUUGUUCCCAGAGAUAGAUAUCAAAGUAAUCCGUCUUCAUGAAUUCUUCUUGGCUACCAACCGUUUCAGGCGGUUGAAUAGAUAAA